AUGGUUUCGGGAGCAAAUGUGGAGAUCUACCUGCUAGAAAAGUCAAGAAUCAUAUCGCAGGCUAAAGGAGAAAGGAACUAUCACGUGUUCUACUAUCUCCUAGAAGGGGCCACAGAUGAAGAGCGAGCAAAAUAUUUUUUACUGAAGCCGCAGGAUUACCGUUAUCUAAAUCAGCACGAACAAUUCUCACCCGAGGGGGUGAAUGAGAAAUAUGAGUUUGAUCGGCUUCGACGAGCCAUGAGCAGCGUCGGCUUCAGCACAAAUACGCAAUCGACAAUUUUCGGUCUUAUAUCGGCUGUGCUUUUGCUUGGAAAUAUCUCUUACAUUAGCAGGCAUGCCUACCAUAGCGAUGAAAAUGCUUACAUUGAGAACGAAGAAGUGGUUGACUUGGUGGCUCAGUUACUGAACAUAAAGACAGAAGCUCUGAUGCAGGCUUUGACAAUGAAACGACACGUAAUGAAGACGGAGACCGUCGUGACACGGUUCAGUGUUUCAGAGGCGAUAAACACCCGAGACGCGAUGGCAAAGUGCUUGUACAAUGCUUUGUUUCAUUUCAUUGUCUUGCGCAUCAAUCAAGCGCUGAUGAGGAAGGAUGUAUCCGGGAGCGUUGGCUAUUACAUAGGUAUAAAAACAAAUGUCAGAUUAUUUUCACUCUUACCAGAUCAAACAGAUUUUCAAUUUUCAAUAUUUUCAAUCUAUUAGAU